AUGUUCUAUGAAAAUGAAAUAUUUAUAUUACAUAUAAUAACAACUCAUGAUGCAACAAUUGAUCUUUAUUGGUCAUCACCAUCUUCUAAAUUUGAUCUCACAAUAAUGGAAAUCAAUUUAACAUCAAGUUCAUCGUCACAUUAUUUAUGGUACCUACAAACAAAAAAUAUUGAAAAUCUUUUACCAAUUGUUCAACAUGAUGAAAUACAAAGAUUUCAUGAAGGCAUAGUACUUAUAUCAAAAGAUGAUCUAUACAGCUAUUCAAGUGCUUUAUCAAACACUAAAGUUGGUAUCAAUGGAUUUGUAUUAGAUGUUUUUGUGUACUCAAAAACUGCUGAACGUAUUGUUGAAUCAACUGGUGUAUUACCAAUACUUGUCAAAUAUCAAUCAUAUUUACAUGCCGGUGCUAAAAAAGCUACAUCAUAUACAACAAAUUGUUUAUCACCACUUGCUAAAGUGGUUCAUAAAAAAUUUGGUACUAUUGAAGUUGUUGAUGGAUCAUCAAAUAAAAAUUGGUGUGAUGGACUUGGAGCUACACAAAAUAUCAUUUCAUCAUCGACUGGUGAUGCUAAAGCUAUAUGA